GCACUGUGGAGCGAGAAGACGGAACUCUCGCUGCUGCCGAAACGUGAUUGAUGGAGCUCGUGCAGACACACCCUUAGCUUUCAGUUUUAAUGACUUUUUAGUUUUUAACUGACAGAGGUGGACAACGAGCGUGUCGGUGAACGUGGGAGGAUCUAUAGGGGAUUGGAUUUUUGGCAGUGAUGGCGAUCCAUGAUUUAACAACCACAGCGGCACAGCUGUAUGACAACUGGAUCAAAGAUGCAGACCCCAGGACAGAAGACUGGCUGCUCAUGUCGUCUCCACUGCCACAAACCAUCAUUAUUGCUUUGUACAUCUACUUUGUGAGGUCACUGGGGCCCAGAUUAAUGGAGAACAGGAAGCCGUUUGAACUGAAGGAGGUCCUCAUCGUCUACAAUUUUAGCGUCGUGGCUUUUUCUCUUUACAUGUGUUACGAGUUUGUCAUGUCAGGUUGGGGAACAGGGUAUUCGUUCCAUUGUGAUCUGGUAGACUACUCUCGGUCACCUCAAGCCACAAGGAUGGCAUGGACUUGCUGGCUCUAUUACUUCUCCAAGUUCAUUGAGCUUUUAGACACUAUUUUCUUUGUGCUGAGGAAAAAACGCAAUCAGGUCACCUUCUUGCACGUCUACCAUCAUUCCAUCAUGCCUUUCACCUGGUGGUUUGGUGUCCGGUUCGCUCCAGGUGGCAUCGGGACGUUUCACGCCCUUCUAAACUGCAUCGUUCAUGUAAUCAUGUACACAUACUAUGGCCUGUCAGCCCUGGGCCCUGCCUACCAGAAGUAUUUAUGGUGGAAAAAGCAUUUGACUUCAGUACAGCUAAUCCAGUUUGUCAUUAUAACCACUCAUAUAUGCCAGUACUUCUUCAUGAAAGACUGCCCUUACCAGUACCCCAUAUUCAUCUACAUCAUCGCUCUCUAUGGCAUCGUCUUCCUUCUCCUCUUCCUCAACUUCUGGUAUCACGCCUACACAAAAGGCAAGAGGCUUCCCAAAGUCUUGCAAAGUUCAAACCUGUCGCAGAACAACAAUGGCAUUUACCGCAAGAAGGAAUAACCGGUGAGACCUGAUCAACGAAUCGGCAGUGACAAUCUUCCUACGACAGGCGUGUGGCUGCAUUUUUAUAUCAGGAAUAUUUAAACGUACACCUUAAAGGUUUAUCUCAACCUUCUGGGCUAGCGUACAACAGUUCUUCCUGUUUUUUACCGUCCACCGGGCAUCUGAGUUGAAGUGGGUCAUUGCCCUAAGAGCUGUUUGCAUUGCCACUCCUUUCUCUCACUUGUUUUCUGCAUAAUGGUGUGUUUCUAGUUCCUCUUUAAUGAGAUAUGAAUGAGACACAAACCUUCUGGAUCCUCCCUCACGGCAGUCACAUUGUUUUAUUGACGUUUUAGCUAUAAUUUUUGUAUAUUUAGCUCUUUACGUCUCUAUUUUUGCCCACAUCAGCUUAAUAACUUGGAGAUUUAAGCUCCCACAACUCAAAUCUGUUCUUUCCCUACUAAGAAUGCUCUGCCAUGUACAGGAGGUGCUAUUGUCUGUAAUAUAUUGUGGGUUUCACCCGCUACAUGUGACAUUUGAGUUCAGAGUGAAUGAUAGAUAUGCCAUUACUGUCCUUGAAGGAACCGAUGCAUGAAAAUUGCUCUUUUGGUGAAACAGGACAGGAAUUGUGACGCUCUGCUACUAUGUCUGUAAUAUGUUUAUUUUUCAUAUGCGUUGUCAUGAAUGUUUCAGGCUGUUUGGCCUGGACAGGAGCCCAUGCUAUUUUUGUAUUAAGAAACGGAGUAUGUUAAUUGAUAGUUUUAAAUAUUUAUGUAAAAAAUAAAUGAGGCAUUCCAUUA